UGAGAAAUAUAUAUAGCUUGGAACAUUUAAACAGAACUGCGUGUAAUGAUCCGAAAGAGAACGAACGACAGGAGUGCCAACCGUCCCCAACGGUCAACCAUAUGGCAAAAAUGCACCAGCCUGCGGGCUCUGAAAGAAGCUCAUGCUUUUGUACUCGUCAACGGCUUCAACUCCAAUCCCUCCGCUCUCAGAGAGAUCAUUUUCGCUGGAGCAGUUACUAUUUCAGGUACCAUAGAAUACGCGCACCAAUUGUUCGCUCAUAUCACGGAACCAGACAACUUCAUAUGGAAUACCAUGAUUAGAGGCUCUGCUCAGAGCCCUGACCCUUUAAACGCGAUUUCGAUUUACAAAAGGAUGGAGGAUCGGCAUGUAAAGCCCGAUAACUUCACUUUCCCGUUUGUACUCAAAGCCUGCACUAGGCUCUCUUGGGUCAAGAUGGGAUUUGGGUUUCAUGGGAAGGUGGUGAAGUAUGGGUUCCAGUCAAAUACGUUUAUUAGAAAUACCCUUAUUUAUUUUCAUGCAAAUUGUGGGGAGUUGAGUGUUGCGAGAGCACUAUUUGACGAAUCGGCAAAAAGGGAUGUUGUACCUUGGUCAGCCUUGACAGCUGGGUAUGCGAGGCGUGGGGAGUUGGGUAUUGCGAGGCAGCUCUUUGAUGAAAUGCCGGUUAGAGAUUUGGUCUCUUGGAAUGUCAUGAUAACGGGGUAUGUGAAGCAAGGGGAGAUGGAGAGCGCUAGGAAACUCUUUAACAAGGUUCCAAAGAGAGAUGUGGUGACUUGGAAUGCAAUGAUUGCGGGGUAUGUGCUUUGCGGAUUGAAUGAACAGGCACUGGAGAUGUUUGAGGAGAUGGGAAGUGUGGGAGAGCGGCCAGAUGAGGUGACCAUUUUGAGUCUAUUGUCCGCUUGUGCUGAUUUGGGAAAUUUAGAUGCUGGGCAAAAGAUACACUGCAACCUUUUGGAAAUUUGUUCUGGAGAUUUGAGCAUUUUACUUGGGAAUGCACUUAUAGAUAUGUAUGCCAAGUGCGGGAAUAUUGAGAGAGCACUCGAUGUGUUCAGAGGGAUGAGAGACAGAGAUGUAUCUACUUGGAACUCAGUAAUAGGAGGCUUGGCUUUCCAUGGCCACGCCAAGGAAUCAAUUGAUCUGUUUAUCAAGAUGAGGAGGUUGAAAGUGAGGCCAAAUGAGAUCACUUUCGUCGGUGUCUUGGUUGCUUGCAGUCAUGCAGGAAAAGUUGAAGAGGGACGAGGAUACUUCAAUCUUAUGAAGAAUGAGUAUAAAAUCGAGCCAAACAUUAGGCAUUGUGGGUGCAUGGUGGACUUGCUUGGGCGAGCAGGGCAACUGAAGGAAGCAUUUGAGUUCAUAGACUCGAUGGAGAUUGAGCCCAAUGCCAUUGUUUGGAGGACUCUGCUUGGGGCAUGCAGAAUACAUGGAAAUGUUGAAUUGGCAAGGCGUGCAAAUGAGCGGCUACUUGAAAUGAGAAGGGACCAGAGUGGGGAUUAUGUACUUCUAUCCAACAUAUAUGCUUCAAGGGGCGAGUGGGAUGGGGUUGAGAAGAUGAGAAAGUUGAUGGAUGACAGUGGGGUGAGGAAAGAGCCUGGCUUUAGCCUGAUUGAAGCAGAUGACAGAGCUCUCAUGCAGUUUUUAUUUGAUUCAAAACCUCAGUGGAAGUCGAGAAUUUCAAAUAGGUGAUAUGCUGGUCACAAAAUAUUUUAAAAAAAGAAGUAUAAUUGCAUCUAGCAUAGCACUUUUUAUUUGUUCAACUUGUUGGAGACAAGCAAGAGAGUUUUGGAUUGGAUUGGAUGCUGAGAGAAUUGCAAGCUAGUUACUAUAUACUCCUCUAA